CCCCUGCAGGAGAGGCUACUCGCACUAAGCUCUUGAUCCCAAGCAUCGCCAUAUUGACGUCCCAACAACGCUGAGAGGUAAUCGUGUUAUUUAAGCACAAUUCGUUGUAUAAUAUGAACUACUGUUGAUCGAUUUACACGCGUGGAGAAGCCGAGAACCAGUUACACAUCCGCGCUGCUAUUCUGCUGCUCGAUCAAAGUGUUUGUGGGCUGUUUUUUCAAGGCGUUGUCAGCCAGUUGCCUCGCCAGCCAGCAGGCUAUUCACUCCCUUAGCAUGUUAGCUUAGCACUUUCUAGCUUUAGGAAAUAUCUUUUUCGAAGCCGGUUGAAAGGGUCCACGUUGAUAAAGACCGGUUUCUCGUUGUUGAGGAUAUUUUGACGGGAGCACAUUAUUCCUCCGUACACAGUCUCACAGCGUGGUCGAGGGCUAGUUGUGACUUUCCAGCCGGCUUUUCCCUCUGUUGAUGAGCUAAUGCUAACUAGCUAGCCGCCGAACCAGCUGCCCGGUUAGCGUGCUAGCUUACUGUUAGCUGCACUUUUACAGGCCUUGGGCCACAGAGGGUUUGCGCGUACGUUCAUCUUUUCAUUAAAUUACUUAGCGGGCAAACUUGCUAGAACUUAACUACUGUUCAGUGCUGUGUGAGCAUUAGUCGAUCGUUUGUGCCUCUGUAACUCAUUUGUUUUACUCUAAACUGCCUAGCUGAAUUGGCCGGAAUACGUGAGCUCACACAGUUUGCUUAAUUUGACAGCAUUGAUUUAAAUCAACCUACUUUCUACCUUUUUAUUUUUUCUUUACAGGAGAUACUGCCUUGGUGUAGCCCCCAGUGAUGACUGUAUUGAACCCUGUACCUCCUGAUUGAACUGUUUGGAUGCCCCCAUUUAACUCUCAGGUUGCUACAUUUCACACGCCAAAACAUUUACAGACAUCAAAUGUUGUGUAUAAAUUUAAAAUUAGCUCUGCCUGUGCCAUUUCACUGGUAACAUAUGCCACCAUUGCUAUAAUGCAGCUUAACCACGAUAAAAAUUAAUUUGAAAUCACUUCAUUUUGAUCAAUAUACAUUAUGAAAUACUUAAAAGCUUAAGGGAUGAAAGGACUGAUUUAACAUCACUCAGAAUUUUUUAUAUAAUAGAAGUCUAACAUUUAAUGUUGCUCUGAUACUGAUGGCUGGAUAUAAGUCGGCUAAUUAUGUGCUUUUAUUUAUGUGUUUGUAGAUUUCUUACCAUAAAGGCAUCUCAGUUGCUCCUGUUCUAAUUCAUCUGUCAUCAUCAUCCUGGAGGAAGCCUCCCAGGUAUUGUGAGGUCUUGUAAUACAUUUACCUCAUAUCACCUGUUUUAGCUGUAUGACAUCCUCAUGCACAAGCAGUUUGAGUUUACAGUAGUUUACUUUUUUUUAUUGAAAGGAUGUUUUUUUCUAGUUGGUUUCUGGUUUAUUUUUUAUAUGUUUUGACACAACUUAUUGAUUGUGGUUUUCUUGUCACAUUUUUCAGGGGAUAUAGAGAAGAUCUUGUGUAGAAUAUGUCUGGCCCUGUUCCAAGUCGUUCUCGAGUUUACCCUGAUGUAAACACACAGAGACCUCGAGAAUACUGGGACUAUGAGUCCCAUGUUGUAGAAUGGGGGUAAGUGGACCUUUUUCUUGUUUUGAUUGAUUGAGAUUGUUCAAUCAAAUAUCAAAUCAAAUCAAAUUCAAUCAAAUAUACAUACAGUACAAUUUUAGACAAGAAAUUCCUUAUUCUUUGGAGAUCAAAAAGGAGUAGGUUAAAGCUAUUUAGCUUAUAUGUACCUACCCUCAUUCCUUCCUAUUUGUUUACCCUUUACAUGUCUUUAGAAAUUUCUGAUGUUGCCAAAAAGUAACCAAAGCUCCAAAGUCUAACAUGAACAUAUAACUAAUCAUUAAUACUAAAACAAAGACCUUAUAUAUUCACAUCCAUACCUAUAUACACUUUAUAUAUAUAUACCUAGAAUACUUCAAAUCUCUCAUGUGUACCAUACCCAUGUACAAGAUAGUAAGUGUGGCAAAACGAAAAUCACUUUUGUAUGUAUUUUUCAAUCAUACUCUGCUUCAAUUUACUUUUAAUUUUGGUUUUACUUUGUUUGGUAAUAUAUGUCUGCAUUAAUAAUUUUGUAUUUCCAAAUAGGAACCAAGAUGACUAUCAGCUUGUCAGAAAACUAGGGAGAGGAAAAUAUAGUGAAGUGUUUGAAGCCAUAAACAUCACAAACAACGAGAAAGUGGUCGUCAAAAUACUCAAGGUACGGAAUCAAUCAAUUUAUCAGUUUGUAUGGCAAACACCUUGCUGUAAACAAGAUUGGAAAUUGGAUAUAUAAGUGAAGAUUUUUUAUGUAUGUCUAAAACAUCUGUCCACAGCCUGUCAAGAAAAAGAAAAUCAAGAGAGAAAUAAAGAUCCUGGAGAAUUUGAGGGGUGGCCCUAAUAUCAUCUCACUGUUAGAUAUCGUCAAGGAUCCUGUGGUAAUUUGAUUAUCUUUUGUUGAUGAUUAUACCGUUGGACUUCUUAAUGCAAAAACAUAAAUAUAUUCCCUUUUUUUUGUAGUCCCGAACCCCUGCUUUGGUCUUUGAACAUGUGAACAACACAGACUUCAAGGUAAAGAUCUGCUCUUUUUGAUGCAAAAAGACACUAAAACCAAACAGUUUCCCCCCGUCAUGGCUCAUACAUUUUUCUUACUUUUGCAGCAAUUGUAUCAAACCCUAUCAGACUUCGACAUACGGUUCUACAUGUACGAAAUCUUAAAGGUAAGGCUUGGCUAAUGUCACUCUUAAUUUAUAACACAUUGAGCAUUUUGAGCAUACUCUGGAUGUGAUUUUUCUGUUGUUUUUGAUUCAAUAGGCCCUGGAUUACUGCCACAGUAUGGGGAUAAUGCACAGAGAUGUCAAGCCACACAAUGUCAUGAUAGACCAUGAACACAGAAAGGUAUUAUCUCACAUGACUAUUUGCUUACAUGUUUUUUUUUUGUGCUGUAACUUGGCUCAUCAAAUUUUCUUUAAAUGCAUUCAACCUGAUUUUUCUCCAUUAAAGCUUCGUCUAAUCGACUGGGGUUUGGCAGAGUUCUACCACCCAAACCAGGAGUACAACGUGAGAGUGGCAUCCAGGUACUUCAAAGGACCUGAGCUGCUGGUAGACUACCAGGUGAGGCUUUUGUACUGUUUCCUGACAUGUUUCCAUGCUAGUUACAACUUGGUGAAAGGAUAAUUCAGUUCCUCCCUCUCCGUGUCAUUUAAAGAUGUAUGACUACAGCUUGGACAUGUGGAGUUUGGGUUGCAUGCUUGCAAGCAUGAUCUUCAGAAAGGAACCUUUCUUUCAUGGUCAUGACAACUACGAUCAGGUAUGUAAAAUCAAUGUUAGUGGUUUCUAGAUGAACUCUGGCAAACCACUCUCUUUAUACUCCCAGACACAACAGCUCUGCUGGUGAAAAUUAGAUUUUUAUAUUGUGAGGGUACAAGGACAUUUUUUGUUACAUUUUUUCAGUUUAGUCUUAAGAGAAACAAACAAAAAAAGGAAAAAAUAUGAAGUAGUUCAAGGACUUGACCAGUGGACACAGACUUUAACUUGUCAAGCUCACUGAUGGAGUCAUGUGCUGCAGAUUUUUUCUGUUGGUCAUCUGUUGAAUUGAACACGUCAUUUUCAGCAUAAGUGGUGGCUUUUGGAGCCAUCUGUAAGCCUGGUAGACUGUUAAUUGUUUUUUUUUUUCAUCAAAAUAAAACCAAAUUAGACCUGGAAUAGUUGGCUUCCAUCAUAUAAACAAUGACCCUGAUAAAUAUGAACAAUAAAACAAAGGUAGCUUGACUAGUUCAAGAAUACUGGCUGCUUCAGAUACUUUGUGAUUUUAGGUAUGGUUCAAUGUUAAUGUUUUUGUCAUUUCCAUCAUUUUUCAUGAUUCACCUCAUGCCAUGUGCCACUACCCUGUUGCCUCCUUCACUUAAACUUCGUUUUUUUGUAUAUUUAUAGAAAAAAAAUCAACCUUUUCAUCAUAAAAUCUAAAUUUUGUGUCUUGCAACCUGCAGCUUGUGCGAAUCGCAAAAGUACUCGGCACUGAGGACCUGUACGACUACAUUGACAAGUACAACAUUGAACUGGAUCCUCGGUUCAAUGACAUUCUUGGAAGGUAAACAGUCAAACUUACAAAAAAAAAUUGUAGUAGACUUUUCUCUUGGAUAAUGGUAAGAAGCAUAUAUUGAACAUUACUCUAAUUGUGAAUUCCCUGUAUUGACUAUUGGCCCUUGCUUUGUCCUCAGACACUCUCGCAAAAGGUGGGAGAGGUUUGUGCACAGUGAGAACCAGCACCUGGUCAGCACAGAGGCUCUAGACUUCCUUGACAAACUGCUGCGCUAUGACCAUCAAGCCCGCCUCACAGCCAGAGAGGCCAUGGAUCAUCCCUACUUCUGUUAGUGUACUCUCCUUAUUUUUAUCACCCAUUUUGCAUCUCUUUAGUAUUUGCAUGAGUAAACUGCUACAAGCCCAAAUUUGAGUGUGCUAUGUAAAGUUGCUUGGUUACUUAAACAUGACUUGCAUUCGUGAGGUGCUCAAAUCCACUUUUGUUCUCAGAUCCCAUCGUGAAAGAUCAGGGAAGAGGGGCCACUCCUGGAGGCAUGGCUGCAAGCUCCACACCAGUCAGUUCCUCAAGUAUGAUGGCUGGUAAGUGACCCUGCUUUAGUCUACAAUUUCAGAUUCUCUUAUCAACCUUACUGUAAAGUUAUAUCCAAUAUGAAGUACUCUGGCUAGCCUCACCAGAUACAUUUCCAAAUGUCCACAAGUCUGGGACCACUCAGUCCCUUUUCUUUCACGUGUUAGGCCUAGAGACAAAUCAGAUAAAAUGGAACACUGUUAUGUUCAAACGUUAUGUAUGACCUGAUUUAGGAGGAACUUUGCAUAUCUCGAUAACAAAACAGUCCAACAUUUUGAAAAUGGACCGGUAAAAGAGAGAUAUGGUCAGAUUAUAUGAAUAUGGAUUCAGUUCAAAACAUAAUUUGACUGCUUCUUUGGUAGCAAUCAAAGUUAUAACUGUCAAUCAAAAUUAUCAUGACAUAAGAUCAUGUAAAUAUGACCCAUUUCCCCUACGAUGAAUAACUCGCCCUCUUGUGUUUCCCAGGCAUCACCUCAAUGUCCUCCUCACAGCCACUGGCUAACAUUGCUGGAUCACCCGUCAUCUCUGCUCCUAACACUCUGGCCACACAAGUCCCUGCAGCCACUGGGGCCCAACCCUGAAGCCACUUCCUUACCUGUGUUUCUGUGUGCUCAUGGCCGUGUCCUGCCUAGCUGUCACUGCGGCCGGGGCCAUGGCUUCCCUUUUUAUGUUGAGAAAUAACAAAGACGAAGAUAAAAUUGCUUUUCACAUUCAGUUAUAUUUUGACACCUGGACUUGACAGAAAUGUAUUGUUGCACCUGUCAGGAUUAUUAGAAUAAAUUUGGGUGUGUUAUUUGACAAUGCCAUUGUCUAGAAAUUCUAAUAAGAUGUAGACAUGAAGAGAAUGGAUAAUAAAAUUUAUUUUGUAUGUUCCAAAUAUACAGUCUUGCUUGAAACUGUUUGAUGGGGAUCCUGCUGUAUUACACUGUGAACCUUUACACGACUUCACAUAACAGAGUCAGGAAUCUGGUGUGCCCCACCUUACAGUGCCCGCUGGUUGCACACGAUGUAAUGUGCAGGAGUUGUUGGUGUUUUGAAGUUGUUAGAUGCUAUAAUUCUUUAAUUGGACUUUUGUAGAUAUUCUACAGUUACUGUCAGGUUGCAUGCACCCAAUGCUGAAUAUCACAGGGUCAAUAGUUUGCCAAUUUUAUGUUACUUUCACUUCUAUAUGUGUAUGUAUGUGUUCAUGUUUGUUUUUUAUGAAGUCUCUUACACAUGAUUUUGAUUACAUAGACAAUUUUGUAACUUUUGUUUUCUGUUGGGAGGAGUCAUCACCUACAAAAACAACUUCAAAAAUAAACAAUUUAAACAGGGGUGUGCAGCCACUACAUGUUAUUGAGUAUACCAUCUGCUGACUGGUUGCAUUGAUAAUAUGUGAGUGAAUUUAAGGCAGACCAUUACACUGUAUAUCUCCAAAAAAACUGAAUUCUACGGCUUCUUAGCCCUGAGUUCAUUCAGCUAUAUCCCAGACACACACUCGCGCUAACUUUGGAAAUACGAAACAACUGUGUUAAAAUUUCUACUGUGCAGUGAAGUAAGUAAAAAUUUGAGAGGAGCUGUGAGCUAAAACACGGCACACUUCGUUGACCACCAUAUCAGUGGGAUGGAAGAUUCAUGCUGAAAAGCUGCCACAAAUCAGACAGUACCCUACAUGACCCGAGUUGUCCUCAGACAUUUAAAGUAAAUAAAACGUUAUCUAUUUUUUAAGAGGUCAAAGGUCAGACACAUCAGACAAAUACAACAAAAGUUACCCAUGUACGCUUCUUUAAAUGACAUGUACUGACUACUACACCCACAAAAAACAUCACAGUCCCUCUGCUCCACUCACUCACACCUCCUCUUCACUCCCAGAACCAAAUUAAGGACAAUGGAAGAUAGGGCCUUCUGUGCUGCUGCCCCACACCCUCCCUGACACCCUGAGGGCACCACAACCCACUAACAGUUUUAAAAAAGGACUCAAAACCUUCCCUUUUAGCAGAACUUUUGGUCCCUCAUCAUAGAUUCUUAUCUUGCUUUUAGUCUUUUAAUAAGAUUUUUUUUUUAAAUCCAAUAUCCUGUUUUUGUAUUCCUUUACUGUAAAAUGUCUUUGCUUUCAAGAUGUAGCCCUUUAAGGUUGCUCGAUCCAAAGGGC